GGGACACAAACAAAGUGCCCCCAAACAGGCUGUAGUGAGCGGAGCGGCAACGGCGGCGGCGCCGGCCCGCAAGCGCGCGGCGGCGGCUCCCUCCCAACCUCCCCCUCCCCUCCCCUCAGUCCCCUUCCCCUUCCCCACCCCGCCCCGCUGGGAACACGCGAGCCGUCGCCGCGCUCCCCAAACAGCCGCCUGCCCUCGGCCAACCGUCCCCAACGGCCGCCCGCGCGCGGCUCCCGGGCCCCCUGGCUCCUCCCCUCUGGCCCCUCCGAGCGCUGGGGUGCUUCCCUCCCCGCCUCCUCGCACUCCCACCUCGCGGGCACGCCGGUGGGCUGUGCCGCCAUGCCCCAACCACAGGCUGCUCACGGGCCUAGGCGCGGCGGCCCGAGAUAGGGGCCCCUGAGCCUCCCGGGGGAGGAGAGAGGCAGCGAGCCGCGCGCUCCGCCCCCUCCCCCCGGGCCGCCGCCGCCGCCGCCGCCUCGCCGCCCCAGCCUGGCGGGAGAAGGAGGAGGAGCAGCAGGCCUCCGGGCCCGGCGCCGCCGCCCGCAGGACAUUUCUGAUUCAUUUGCAUCCUUGAAGAGCAUCUGUAGAAGAGGAAGUAAAAGAUGGGUGUGAAAACGUUUACUCAUAGCUCCUCUUCCCACAGCCAGGAAAUGCUUGGAAAGCUAAAUAUGCUGCGAAAUGAUGGACAUUUUUGUGAUAUCACUAUUCGUGUCCAGGACAAAAUCUUCCGGGCACAUAAGGUGGUACUAGCAGCUUGCAGUGAUUUCUUUCGCACCAAACUUGUAGGCCAAGCCGAGGAUGAGAACAAGAAUGUGUUGGAUCUGCAUCAUGUUACAGUGACUGGCUUUAUACCUCUUUUAGAAUAUGCUUACACAGCCACUCUAUCAAUUAACACAGAAAAUAUUAUUGAUGUUCUAGCAGCAGCCAGCUAUAUGCAAAUGUUCAGUGUUGCCAGCACUUGCUCAGAGUUCAUGAAAUCAAGCAUUUUAUGGAAUACACCUAACAGCCAACCCGAAAAGGGUCUAGAUGCUGGACAAGAAAAUAAUUCUAACUGCAAUUUUACUUCUCGAGAUGGGAGCAUUUCUCCCGUGUCCUCAGAGUGCAGUGUGGUAGAAAGAACGAUUCCUGUCUGCCGAGAAUCCCGGAGAAAGCGCAAAAGCUACAUUGUUAUGUCUCCUGAAAGUCCUGUAAAGUGUAGCACACAAACAAGUUCACCCCAGAUAUUGAAUUCUUCAGCUUCCUACUCAGAAAAUAGAAACCAACCAGUUGACUCUUCCUUAGCUUUUCCCUGGACUUUUCCUUUUGGAAUUGAUCGAAGGAUUCAGCCUGAGAAAGUUAAGCAAGCAGAAAAUACCCGGACUUUAGAAUUACCUGGCCCAUCUGAGACCGGUAGAAGAAUGGCUGAUUAUGUGACUUGUGAGAGCACAAAAACUACCUUGCCUUUAGGUACCGAAGAAGAUGUCCGGGUCAAAGUAGAAAGGUUAAGUGACGAGGAGGUCCAUGAGGAAGUGUCCCAGCCUGUCAGUGCAUCUCAGAGUUCCCUGAGUGAUCAGCAGACAGUUCCAGGAAGUGAGCAAGUCCAAGAGGACCUUCUGAUUAGUCCACAGUCUUCCUCUAUAGGCUCAGUAGAUGAAGGCGUUUCGGAGGGGUUGCCUACACUUCAAAGCUCGUCUAGCACUGCCGCUCCUCCAGAUGAUGACGACCGAUUGGAAAAUGUUCAGUAUCCCUACCAACUCUACAUUGCUCCUUCUACCAGCAGUACAGAACGACCAAGUCCAAAUGGUCCCGACAGACCUUUUCAGUGUCCAACCUGCGGGGUGCGUUUCACCCGUAUUCAGAACCUAAAGCAGCACAUGCUCAUCCACUCAGGAAUUAAACCAUUUCAGUGUGACCGCUGUGGGAAAAAGUUCACCAGGGCUUACUCGCUAAAGAUGCAUCGCCUAAAGCAUGAAGGUAAACGCUGUUUCCGGUGCCAGAUAUGUAGUGCCACUUUCACUUCCUUCGGGGAAUAUAAACACCACAUGAGGGUUUCCCGGCACAUUAUCCGCAAGCCUCGGAUUUACGAGUGCAAAACAUGUGGCGCCAUGUUCACCAACUCUGGAAAUUUAAUCGUGCACCUGAGGAGUCUGAACCAUGAAGCAUCAGAGCUAGCAAACUACUUCCAGAGCAGUGAUUUCCUAGUACCGGACUACUUAAACCAGGAACAAGAAGAGACCCUUGUUCAAUAUGAUCUUGGAGAACACGGUUUUGAAAGCAACUCCUCUGUUCAAAUGCCUGUAAUUUCACAGGUCUCCUCAACCCAGAAUUGUGAAAGCACUUUUCCCUUGGGGUCUCUUGGUGGGCUGGCAGAAAAAGAGGAAGAAGUGCCAGAGCAGCCAAAGACCAGUGCUUGUGCUGAGGCAACCAGAGAUGACCCCCCAAAAUCAGAGCUGUCUUCUAUAACUAUUGAUACCACUCCAAAGGCAAAGAACCAUGAUUGACAACAGUCAAGCUGUGGAUGAAAUGACCAGGAACGGAGAAUGAAGUAUGUAAAUCUCAGCUUCGUAGGAAUUCUUCUUAUAUUGCUUUUCUGAUUAAAAUUGCUGUUUACCUGGUCUCUGAAUGUUAAUGCCUGACCAUGUCAUUGCCCGAAUCAGUUUUCCCCUUGCCCGGUCAGUAUGGUCUCUUGCAUAUAUUGGCGUGCUGCCAUAUAAAGUAAAAAUAUUGGAGAUAUUCUAUAUUUUAUGUAUAGGUUUAUGUAUUGUUGGGGAUGUUUUCAUUGUGCUCUUUUGGACAUAAUGAAGAAUUCUCGGUUGAGGCUACAUCUUUUUUUUUUUAUUUUUUUUUAUUUAAGAGGAUGGCAUCUGUUGCCCAGGCCGCAGUAUAGUGGCUAAGUCAUAGCUCACUGCAGCUUCGAACUCCUGGGCUCAGGCCAUUCUGUCUCAGCUUCUUGAGUAUCUAGGAUUAUAGGCAUGCUCCACCACACCUGGCUGACUUCGUUUUUAUUUUUUGUGGAGACGAGGUUUCACUAUGGUGCCCAGGCUGGUCUUGAACUCCUCGGCCAAGUGAUUCUCCUCCUCUGGCCUCCCAAACUGCCGGGAUCACUGCACCAGCCAAGGCUACAUUCUUAACCCAACUAGAUGGUUUACUGAAUCCCAUACGACAGCGAUACGUUGUCCCUACAUAUUUUUAGACAUUGCAAAGUUAUUAAAAACAGUUACUAUCGUUUUUACACAAUGUAGACAACAAUGUAAAAGAUGAAUAUAGACUGUAAGAUUUUCAUCUAUGACUCAUAAAUCUGGGAGAAAAAAGAAAAUUGUUAAGACUAAUGAGAAACUGAAAACCUUAAACUAAUGAAUAUUACCAUUUCUGCUGCUGAAAGUGUGAAGCUUUUCUGGUCUGGAGUUGAAAUUUAUAUGAUCCUCUAGACGGGUAUACUUUUCAUCUGGUGCCAUUAAAGCGUCUCUAAUACUGAUCCUAAAUAUCUGUAAGUCCAUGAACAGUGAACUUUGGAAUGAGUUUCUGUGUAGAUACCCAAAGUUUAAUAAUUAUGAGAGCACCUGAUUUGAUUAGAAAAGAGACAGAAAAUACAAUUCUUUAGUCAAAACACAAGAUCUGAAUUUUGUUCAGGUGCUAGACCAUACUAAAUGUAUAUAUUUUUAAUUAUAGUGAUUUGUUUCAAUUUUUUAGAUUGGCUAAUUCUGUAAUUUUUUCCCCAAAAACAUGUGAAGAAAGGAAAAGUAAAUUAAAUUCCUUAGAACUGUUUUAGGUUAGGAUUCUCUGUCUCUGCCUAUAUUCUGCAGUCCUUAACUUGUUUUCAGUUCUUUACCUCACUCAUGAACUUGUUUUUACCCAUGUGCUCCCAAACAGAGGUGUGUUCUCUUCAGGAGAACCAGCAUACACAGGUUAUGAUAGGCUGCCACUGUUUAUGCUUCUUCACUGAUAGGGUUGAAUUACUUUCUGCAGCAGACUAGAAUACUUCAUAUAGUAAUGCUGUGUCUCCACUGGAGAGGUCAGGAAUUUUAAUGUCACGUUGUGGUCUUUAAAAACUGUUAGGCCUACCAAUAGAUAAAUCUCAAAAUUAAUUCUAAAAUCUGUAUUGACAAGAAUAGGUAAAAUUAUCACCAGGAAUCAUUGUUACCGUUAGUUCCAAGAGGUUUUUUUUUUUUUGGUUUUUGAAAGAGCAAGAGGAAAGAAAUAAGAAUAAAGAAAUGUGUAAGAAUGGUUUGCAGAUUUAUUGGUUAAAAGUGUUUUUUAGUACAUCCCUGACCCUGAAAACUUCACAUUCAGAGAUCCAAGCACAGUUUUGGUAGCUCUAAGAUAUUCUGUGUUCUCAGAAUGAAGGAUUACCCAUCACUGGGUAUUCCUUCCCAAGUAGAAACUUUAGAUUUUCACUGGUAAUUACAAAUUGCCAAGUUUUAUGGGAAAUCUGAAUAUACUGUGAAAAUUCAUAUCUGGUUAGUUAUCUGCUGCCCAGAUCUUAUCAAUACCAGUAACUAACCAGAAUUUACCAUAAAAUGAUACAAACAAAGGCCUUUUUCUAUUUCAGUGAGGGUACAUUUUUCUUGAUACAUGUGCUUCAAGGAUAUUGGAUCUGUUUAUGGAUCUGUUUUAGGAAACAGAUUUGCAAGGGAUAAUUGUAUAUAUAGUAGUAUUUAGAUUUAUUUCAAAUUCAUCUUAGGGAUGCCUAGAUGCAUAAUUUUUACCAGGACAUAUUGAAAAUAUUGCAAAGAGAUAGCCAGUUAUAUUAUCCCAUUCAUUAGAAGUUACCAGUAUAACUAAACAUAAAUAUUCCAGUUUAGAGUACUUAAACGUAGCUAUCUUUCUUAAAGCCAGGAGGGUAACUUUGUGGUAUCUAAAGGGCUUAAAUUUCAGAAUGCAGAAUAAAUUGCCUUUUUAAAACCAAACAUUUUAUACAAGAAAAGCUUUUAUUUUCAGUUUUUUAACUACCAAAUAGGUGUGAUGUACUUUAGAAGUAAACAAAAAGAUGUUCACCCAUGAUAAUGGAUGUUAAAUCUCCUGCAGUUGUUCUUCUCAUGUUUAAAGGGUAUAUUCUCAUAGUGGAAGCAUCUAGCAUGUCAGUGAUUUCAUCUAAUUCAGAAACAAAGGGAUUAAUAUUGGUCUUUAUUUUUUGGUAUUUUAAGUUUUAUAUAAAUGGAUGCAGAUGGAGAUUAUCACCCACAAAUAUAUUUAAGUGGAUUUUUCUCAAUUUGAAUUUCAAGUAAUUUUUUUAUUUCAAGUAAUUAUGCAUUUAGUUACAUUGCCGGUUUUUUUAAGUUCUCAAUUUCAGUAAGACAAAAUAUACUAAAAUAUUUAAAUAGCUUCAUUCAAUCUUACAUUUUGACAUUUCAGCAACCAUUCUGGCUUACAGUAAUUAGGCCCCUUGUUAUGAGACAUGCCCUUUGUUAUUAAUAACUAGCAAAAAGAAAAACCUUUCAUCUUGUUAAAAUACUUUACCAAAUGAAAUAGACUAGUUAACACAUCUAAAGUCCAUAAUUAUUGGUAACUCAGUUACCUUCUAACUAAGGCUAGUUCAGGAGACUCUCCCAGUUUAUAAAUGGUUCCCUUGGGAGCCUUUGGAAGCUAUAUUAAAUAUUUCUUUAUUUCUUGUUUUAUUCUCUUAAUCUAAAUAGAGGCCAGUUAUCUAUUUUAUCCAUUUUUAUCUUGAAGAUUCUCAGAUUAUGUUUUAGUCCCUUUUAGCUUUAAUAGUCCUUGAAAAAUACAUUACUGUAUAAUGUAGUGGCAAUUCUGUAACACACAGAGAAUUACUCUUAUUACUUGAAUGAAUCCUAAAAUUUUAAUAUUUUAGCUGAAAGAAGUUUGAGAUUUGUGGAAUUGAUGAACAAAAGAAUUAGAAACUUUCAUAUGGUACUUUGUUUCACUCAUCUGCAAAGUAUGAAGUUGUAAUUCUGAAAUAUACAUCCAAGUGAAUGAGAAUUAAAAAUUUUCUGAAUAUUAAUACUAACUGGGAAAAACAGAAAACUAGUGUGAAGUUUACAGUUAGAAGAAACAGACCCAAAGUUGCCAAAAGGUAAUAAAUAAAUGUAGUUUUCACUGUAAGUUAUUGAUGUAAGAUGCUUUAUUUGUAAUAUAUUUAGAUUUUGAAAGUUAUUGAGAGAUGAAUGUAUAAAAGCUAAAUUUUCUUUUCUGAAGCAGCGAAACAAAAUUGGGGUAACAAGGAAGCUCUAUGGUGGCAAACAUGUCUGUGAGGAAUAUUAAGCACACUCCCACAGGCUUUAAACUCAAAUCAUGAACAUUUAAAUUAAGUCGUUCCUUAUUUUGCCUAUACCCAUUUUUACCUUUCAGUGUCGUUUUUGCUUGACAGAGUAUGGUGACAGAGUGUUUUUAUUUGGAAAGUCCUCAGCAAGAUGAAUUAGCCAAAAGCAAUAAUGGUUCAGAUUAAACAAUGAAGUGGAAUUGAUUCAGUCCCAGGCCCAACUAAGGAACAGUUGCUCUCUGGGUGUCUCAUUUUAGAUGAUCGAUAAGUUGAGAUGUUGUAAUAUUUAUGGGGGGUUAAGCCUAUGUCAAUUGUGGGAUGAAGACUGUUAGUACCACUACCAUCAGUAGUCAUACUUUUUUUUUAAACUUUUUACUAAACUAAUACUAGACAUUUCCACUCUGUCAUAAUUAUAUUUUUAUGACAGGAAAAUAAAAACAGUUCCAUGUUUUUAUAAAUAGUCUCUGCAAAGAUUUCAGAUGUUAUUGGUAUCCCGGUUUGGCAGUAUCUGAAAAAUUGAGAUUGCCUUUAAAGUGUUCAUGCUACUUUUACUUAAGUAAACCUCCACUGUAUAAGACCCAGGCCGGUUCCAACUAAUACCAAGGUUUCUAUGCGCAUAAUAGUUUACAAAGAACUUAAAGACUAUGGAUUAAAAACAAAAAUUUUUUUAACUUUAAAAUUUUUAAUUUUUGUUCAAAGUAUCUGGUUUAUAAAGUCAAAUUCUUUUAUUAUUUCCUUUCUCUUUUAAGUUGACUGAUUUUGCUGAUUAAGCGUAAAGUCCCAGGCACAGUUGUGAUGACGUACUGAUAAAAUGGGUGCCUAGUGGGUUGAGGAGCUCCAGUGUCAAGACUUUUAUUAAAUUGCCCUUGUUUUCCCAAAUGCCAAUCUAGCCGUAUUUAGAUUUCAUUAUUCAAUAAAACAGAUUAAAAAUCAUCCCAUAAAUGAAUGUUGAGGUUACCAAAGUACAUCACCUGCUGAGGAAGGAGAAAUCUUCCUGCUUUAAGGGAGCCCUGUCGUCUCUCCUUGACACGUUGUUUCCCUUGGUAUUAGUGGAAGCUCUGUUCAAGAUGGGAAGCCUUUCCUGCAGUUCUUAGAAACACCUGCUUUCUAAAGAGAGCCUUUUCUAGGAUUAGGUUAUGUGUGUUUUCUCUAGGAGAUUUUUUAUUUCAGUUACCAAUUUAAUUUUCAAGUUGACAGAUGCUAUGUGAAGUCUCUCAUACUGAGAGUAGUCCAUUAAAGUUUUGAAAGUUGCACUGCUUUUCAUCUUUCAGGUACCUGAAAUGAAUGACAUCAGGUGUUUGGAAGGAGUAAGAUCGUAAACUUUAUUCAUUUUCUUCCUUGUACAAAGUGAUGACUUCUAAUGCUUAUAUCUCAAGGUAUUUUUUAAAAAAGCAACAGUCCCUAAUAGAGUAAAAUUUGGUUUUGGUCCAAGUUCCCAAUAAUAUAUUUAAUGUUUCUGUUGUUACUGGUGCCUCCUGUUGCAUCAGAUAGAGAUUGCCUGCCUCUUUGUAGGGCACCCUUGUGGCACCUUAUGUCCAACUUGGAGGAUAGUAUAUGGCUUCUUUGUGCCUCUACUAUCUUUUCAAAAGCCAUUUUAUAAAAAUCCUAGGUAGCCUAUUUUAAUAUUUAAAUAUAUAUAUUUGUGAAAGAACUUUUACAACAGACUUUUUUUUUACUUUAAAAUUCCUGUAUUUCCAUUUUUAAGAGUAAAUUUAAUCUCCAGGAUAUAGAAGUGUCUUUUUUCCAGAGAAGCAUAAUGAGAAAGUCAGAUUGAGGUAAUAGACCAGAAUUAAGUGAUAGAAGAAGCUGUUGUUUGGUUAAAGGACACAGGUUUGAAGGAAAAAAAUUUUGAUGUAACAAAUUUUUAAAUAAAAUUUUGUUUUUGUUCUGUAAUUUCAUAUUUGCUGCUACAGUAGCUCAAUAUUUUACAGGGCUAACAUAAAUCUGGCUCCAUUUAAAAACUGGAGUACUUCCUAGUGCAGCCAGCCUAGGCAGAAACUGUACACAUGGUCUUCCAGCUGGGUGACUGAUGGUUUUGUGUAGCUGAUGCAUGCUUUAAUAUUUGCCUAUAGCCCUGCAGCAAGGAAGUCGAGGUGGGGGUACUUUUUUACCCUGCCAGUUAUAGCACUAUGAUUCUUUCUGGGCACUGGCAUUUUGUGAAACUCUCAAGGGAAGGUGAUGCAGGGGAGAAAAUGUGAAUUAAAUUACAUAGAUGGGUGUUUUUAUGUCUUCUACCCCUUUCCUAGAAUUAGUACAACUCUUAACUGUGCCAGUCCCCAGUUCACCAGCUUUGUAUCCAGUCGUCAUCUCAUUCAAGUAUGGCUUUACUUGGUGACACUGGCCAUAGCUAAAUUACUUGGCAUGUUUGACUUUUGACAAUAACAGAAAUUGUUUUGGAUUUUGUUUUAUUUCCAAAAAAAUGUAUACAAUGUCAGAACUUCACAUUUUAUAUACUAGUAUCUGGCUAUUAGUAUUUUACAGGAACCAUAGUUCUUGGUGACUACAUAUAUAUAUAUAUAUAUAUAUAUUUUUGUGACCUUUUUUGUAAACUAAGUGCCGUUUCAACGUUACAAUCAUUUUUAGAGUUAUUGUAAUCAAUGUGAAUAUCAUGUUUUUUCAAAUCUGUUCUGAGCCUAUAGUGUUUGCUUUGUGAACAUAAGUGUAUUGUAUAUAUUCUGUAUAGUUAUAUUGUACUGAAAUUAGCUUGUUUGAUAUAAGGAAAAUAUGUAUUGAGUACCUUUUUGCUAGCCUGAUUGUUUAAUCUUUUUAAAAAAGGUUUAAACUUUUUUUAAAAAAAAAAAAAAAUUCUUUAAACUGGCCUUUAUUACAUGGUCACACAUAAAGUUGCAGUUAGGAAAGGGAUGGGCAGGGAAAAACUAGUUUUGAGUGUCUUUAGAUAGAAACAUGAGACUAAGGUUUGGUUUUGUUUUCGUUUUCUCAUUAAAAUAUCUUAUGCUUUAUGGAAUAAAA